AUGACAACACGUGAACAAGAGAUGAUUCGUAAGUUUUCUGGUUUUAGGAUAGGCAAGCUCCCUUUCACUUACCUUGGGGUCCCAAUGGACACCAAGAAGAUCACUCCCAGGGAGUGUGAGGUUCUCAUUGACAAAAUGUGUAAAAGGAUCAAUCUAUGGAGCUCUCGGAACCUCUCUUACAGUGGUAGAUUACAACUGGUAAAUUCUAUUCUUACAUCCAUCUGUACGUACUGGUCUCAAAUUUUUAUUCUUCCUAAAACAGUCAUUAAAAAGAUAAAUAGUGUGUGUCAACAUUUUCUUUGGCAUGGAGUUAGCGAUAGUUCUAAACAUGGUAAUAUUGCCUGGGAAAAUCUUUGUCUUUCUAGAAAAGAGGGGGGUCUAAAUAUCAGGAAUAUUUGGUUAUGGAACAAGGCAGCUAUUGGUAAACAAAUUUGGUCCAUCAGCCAAAAGAAGGAUAACCUGUGGGUUAAAUGGGUCCAUGCGGUGUAUAUCAAAGACCAACAAUGGGAGGUCCACAGGCCUCCCAUCACUGCGAGCUGGGUAUGGAAAGGGUUAUGUAAACUACGUGAAGAAAUCAUCUCCAUUGUUCACCAACAGCCCAACACGCACUAUAGCAUCAAGGAUGUCUAUAAUCAGCUACAACCUACUGGAAUCAAUGUUCCCUGGAGCAGACCUGUUUGGUGUAGAUAUUCUGUGCCUAAACACCGUUUCAUCACUUGGCUAACUGUGAGAAGGAGGCUGCCCACGAGAGACAGACUUCUUAAAUUCAAUUUGGUGGAUGAUGCUACUUGUGUCCUUUGUAAAACUGAUAUUGAAACUCAUGAUCACCAGAUCUUUAAUUGCUCUUACCCACUCGUUGCAACACCUCUUACAAAAAGGUUGGAACAUAAAGGGAGCAAGAUUGUAGAAGCUCACGGUGGUGGUGGCUAUUGCAGCUACGGUGUAUUCAAUCUGGAAACUCAGGAAUGA